AUGUACGGGGGGUCGAAGAUAGUCUCCUGUCGUGCAUUUUCAGCAUCCCUUAAGGAUGCGGCUACUUCGUGGUUCUCGUGCCUGAGGCUGAGCUCCAUCACCAAUUUUUUAGAGCUCUGCAAAUCCUUCAUCACACAUUUGCAAAGUAGCAUAAAGCACAAGAAGAAGACGAUCAAUCUUUUAAGCAUCAAGCAAAAGCCCGACGAGUCCAUCCGAGCUUUCGUCUCCCGCUUCAACAAAGAAUCCUUAGAUAUCAAGGAUCUGGAUGAGGCUAUGACUCACAUGACAAUGAGCAAUGGCCUCUGGGACAUGGAACUCAUUAAGGACCUAGCUCGAAAAUCUACCAAGAAUAUGGCUGAUCUAUUGGAAAGGUGUAAUGAAUUUGCCAACAUGGUGGCUGUACUACAGGCUCAGAAAGCAAGUGAAGGAAAAAACGUGAAGAAGAGGUCGGCGGUAGAUGACCGCAAAGAAGACAAGCGCAUAAAGACCGAUCACCGACAUGAGAAGACAGACCGACCUCAAAGCCUCAACUACACACCCUUAAACACAUCUCAUAAAGAAAUUCUAAUGCAAAUCUAG